AUGGAACACACAGCAGAACACACAGUGGAGCGCUCAAGGAGUUUCCGGAGCGACAACAGCGAUGGUGGAGACGGCGGAGACGGAGCAGAUAGUGUGGAAGGUGUCGUGAGACCUCGGGAAUGGGUGCAUAGCGCCGAAAGCAAGUACGGAGAAGACGGUGAGCGGCAGGGGGACGACAUCGAGCUGGCGACAUACCGUGUUGGGAGCGGGCAGAGCGACUCUGGCAGCGACGGAGUCUGCGGAGGGUACCACGACGACGAAGGAGCCGGGGAGAGCGACAGUGACAGUGACAGUGACAAUGGCAAUGGCAACGGCAAUGGCAACGAGAGCGAACGGCACGCUGCGGGCAGCGUCGUCUGGCGGAGGCUGUUGCGGAUCUGGCGGGGUCCUUCCCGGCCCUCGGACAGGAUCGAGGACUUCCGGCACGGCUACAGCCCGUGGGUGUACCUGGUGAACCGGGUGCCGCUGGCGCUCGGGCAGCGGGCUGGGCGGCGCACGAGGCUGGCCGUGCUGGCCGUGUACUUCGCCGGCCUGCUGGUGACGCUGCGGCUGCUCUACGGACACUUGCUCUUCGGGGCGCCGGCCGUGGACGGGACGCCGGCAGUGACGUUCCCCUGCGGGGCGGCGCCGAAGUUGUGGCUCGGGGCAAACGACAAGUGUGGCCUGCACGCCCGCCGCUGCAUGGGCCCGUUCCGGCGGCACGAGACGCUCUACGUGCGGUGUCCGGCGUUCUGCGGCGGCGCCGGCUUGGCCUACGACGUGGUCAAGUACGCGGACCGGCGGGUGCAGUACCAGCCGUACAUCGUGCAGGCGCCUGCUCCCGCGGACGACGGCAGCCCCGUCUACCGCGGCGACAGCUUCCCCUGCAUCGCUGCGUACGAGCAGGGCGCCAUCAGCCAGCUCUUUGGCGGCGUCGUCGCCUUGCAUCUCGACGACCACUUCCCCUACGACACUGCCGAGCCGCCGCGCACCAACGACAGCGGCCCCGCCUUGUUGUUCGACUCCUCCUUCCCGGCGAGCUUCACCAUCGGCCCCGCUGUGGGCGCCGUGCGCAACGGACACGACCUGCGGCUGCUGGGCAUUGUCGCCGGCCUCGUGUUCACUGCGGCCGCCGCCCUCCUCGCCUACGACGCCCGCGUCUUCUACCUCACGACCGUCGCCGUGCUCUACACCACCAUCGUGCUCUGCAGCGACCCGCCCGUCAUCGUGGACUUCCUCGACAACCGCUACGGCGGCGGCGACAGCGCCUGGCGCCUUCUCUCCCUCUACGUCCGGCGCCUCAUCCCGCUGGGCCUCGCCGUGGGCUUCGUGUGGAAGUGUGUCGGCGAGUACACCUUCCGCGCCGGCGGCGCGGGCGGCGUCCAGCGCCUGCUCUUUCUCGCCGGCGCCUGGCUCACGGCGCUCAACAACCUCACCUUCGACCGCCUGCCCCUCGACCGCCUCCUCCCCAGCGACAUCGCCCACCGCCCGAGCAGCAUCGCCGCCUUCCUUUUCCUCGUGGGCCUCUUGCUCUGCUGCGCCGUUGUCCAGGGCCGGCGCAUCUGGCGCGCCGGCUGGUUCCGGCGCGCCGCCGUGGGCUACGCCGCCGGCCUUGCCGGCCUCGUGUGGGUCGGCCGGGGCUGCAGCGGCCUGCUGGCGCUCGACGGCGUCCCCGGCGGCGACGUCCCCGGCCUCGUGUUGCGCGUCCACCACUGGGCGCUCGGGCUGGCCCUUGUGUUUGCCUGCAAGACCCGCUGGACCGGCUCCUACAUCAUGCAGGGCCUCUGUGUCGGGCUCCUGCUCAACGGCGUCGGCCGCUGGGGGUUUGCCAGCGUGCUCGAGCAGCACGGGGCCGUACUGCGCGACCGCGACAGCGUCGCCGGCCACCUCAGCCGCCCGGCGGGCGUGCGCUUCGACCCCGCGACCCGCUGGGCCCAGGUGCUUUUUGCGCCGGCGGACUCAGCCAAAAUCACCGUUUCCGCCGGGCCCACCCCGGCAGAGCAGACCGUCAGCGUCAACGGCCGGCGCGCCCGCGUCAAGCUGCUCGUGAACGACGUGCUCGUCUACGCCGGCCCCGCCCGUGGCGUCCUUGUGCCGGCGCCGGCGCCCGCAGCGCCGCUCUACCUGCGCGCGGCCGUGUGCUACCGCCCGGGGCCGCCGGCGGGCCCGGACAGCGGGCUCGACGGCGCGGGCGACGACGACGACGACGACGACGACGACGACAGUGCCGCCGACGGGUCGGCCGCGAGCGAUAGAGGGUUCCGCUGCAGCGGGUGGAGUGCGGCAAUGCGGUAUUAA